CAUAAGACGCACCUGACCAUAAGACGCACCUAGGUUUUAGAGGUGAAAAACAAGACUAAAAAGAUUCUGAACCAAUGGACUGCAGACAGUACAGAAAAUGACCAGAGACUGCAGACACAGUACAGGAGAUGACCAGAGACUGCGGACACAGUACAUGAGAUGACCAGAGACUGCGGACACAGUACAGGAGAUGACCAGAGACUGCGGGACACAGUACAGGAGAUGACCAGAGACUGCGGACACAGUACAGGAGGGAUGACCAGAGACUGCGGACACAGUACAGGAGAUGACCAGAGACCGCGGACA